AUGGCAGCUACUAAUAAGAUUCUGGCGCUUUGGAGCCAUCCAGCCGGCCCUAAAACAGUUCACUUCUGGGCACCAACUUUUAAGUGGGGCGUAAUCAUUGCAAAUCUUCUCGAUUCUUCAAAGUCGCCUGAAGAACUAUCUUAUCCACAGCAAGCAGCCAUUGCCGGUAGUGCACUUGUUUGGGCAAAAUACAGCACAGUUGUCACACCAAAGAACUGGAACCUUUUCAGCAGCAGCAUUGGAAUGGCUGCAACUGCUGGAUAUCAACUUGCACGUAAAAUUCAGCACGAUUUCUCUUCUACUCAAAACUUCUGA